AUGGCUGAUCGUGCUUCUUCACCCCACAUCGAGAUCAACUUUAAUACCACGCUGGAGGACAUCAUCAAGGCCACCAUCUUUGACGAUUCCCCAGCCACACCCCAGCCUCUCACCACCUCCAAGAACAACAUCUCAUCUUCCAGCCAGAAUGACAUUGAUACCAGCAAAGCAGAGACCAGAUUUGAUGAGUUCUUGGCUUCCCUCAUCAGCGACCAACCCACACCAGAGAAAUCUCCAGACAACGAACUUCAGCUUGCUCUCAAGUGUCUACCACCUCCAAUACCACAGAAAAACUUCAGUGACAACAUCAUCUCAUCCAACGAAAUCUUCAGUGCUCUUCAGUCCAUCUUCCGCUCAGAGGCCAGUUCAUACACUCCAUCUGUGCUCAUCAAGUCCAUUCAACCCGAGAUGUCCACUGCCAGCCGUGAACGACAGCUUCUGCAGAGACUUGACAGCCUUCGUCCCUUCCAUCCUCAGCAGAUGAAUGACCUGACAUCCUUCUUUAAGUACCAGAGUGCCCAAGUGGAGACUGAUCGCUACUGUGCGCUUCACCAGAACUCCAGACAGCCCCACCACAUCCAAGAGAGCAUCAACCAACACUAUACCAUCAUCCAUCAUCGCAUCAUGGACCGAGUGGAGAGCAGUCUACAGUUCCUGGAGGACAAUCUACCUCAGCAGUCAUCAACCAUCAACAUGACCACCACAGCACAGCACCAGACCUGCAGCCAGAACAACCUACGGACCAGACCAUCCCUAUCCCAGAAGGCCGUUCAGCUUAUGGAGCAGUGGUACUACAGUCAUCUCGAUCACCCGCACCCACCAUCUGAUGUCAUCCAGAAUCUAGCCGUGAGAGGAGGAAUCAAGGAGGAGCAGGUGAAGAAAUGGUUCUCCAACAAGAGGAACAGAAGCAGACGCUCAUUAGGGAUCAGCAAGAGGAAAACACUCAGUGUUAACAAGUGUGUGCCCAGUGAAUGGUGAUAGUGAGUAUGUUAGUGUGGAAAAAGAAUCUGGGAUUAAUGAUAUAUCAGACCUGCUUCUGGUUACUGUCCUGUGAAAUCGUAGUGCUUGUAUAGUGCUGGUACGUUAUUUAUUUAUCCUGAGGUGCUUGUAUAGUGCUGGUAAGUUAUUUAUUUAUCCUGAGGUGCUUGUAUAGUGCUGGUAAGUUAUUUAUUUAUCCUGAGGUGCUUGUAUAGUGCUGGUAAGUUAUUUAUUUAUCCUGAGGUGCUUGUAUAGUGCUGGUAAGUUAUUUAUUUAUCCUGAGGUGCUUGUAUAGUGC